AACACUGAAGGGCGUAGGUGGGUGGGUCAAUAAAAAAGCGAGACGAGGGAGCGGAGUAAUGGCGAACGAGGCGAGGAUGAUCUAGGCGACGCGUCAAACGACUCGGAGGAUGCGAGCCAAUACCUUGGGGAUUGGGACACAAUGUUUGUACAUGUAUAAAUGAGUGGCCUAAGGCCUCUGUGUCUGCUACCUUAACUUACUAUCCUCCGAUAAGCCCUACGCUCGUACCUCGCUCCAGGCUUAUCUCGGAGUAUUGCCUCUGCGAUUCCGCCGGUAGGUCAUUUCAUUCGUUCUUUUUCAGUCACAAUUUCGAGGUUACCGGCUAUGCGCAGAAGGCCUACCCCAAAGACCUGGCAAUUCCUCUCCUUCGAGGAUACAAUACGGCAUAUAACGACCAUUUUUACACCACCAACGUCACGGAAAUGCAGCAGGCUACCACUAACUUCGGUUAUAAAGCCGAGGGUGUGGCAGGUCUUGUUUUUGCUUCCCAAGCUCCUGGAACCAUACCGUUCUAUCGCAUACAUCAAUACACCACUUUUUUUGAACAUUUUUACACCACGGAUGUAAAUGAACGCAACAACGCGAUUCACAACCUUGGGUAUCAGGAUGAGGGUAUCGCUGGGUACAUCUAUCCCUCGGCGUUGUGCUGCAGCGUCCCGUUUUACCGCUUGUACAACGGAGUGGUGCACGACCAUUUCUACACCACGAGUCAGAAUGAGAGAAACAUCGCAGUCCAGAAGGAUGGAUAUGUGUACGAGGGUAUUGCGGGAUACAUCCUUCCCGUUUAAUCAUGGCGAGAUCAGUUCCAUGAUGAGUACUUGAGUUUCAGGAUCGAAUAUUUCGCUUGAUCUCAUUUUUCCGUAACUUUGUGACUAAUUUUAAGCUUUGAGAUAAUGAUACGGCAAUACCGUAG